AUUGCUCGGCGCUCCUCGCCCUGGCGGGCGGAUGGCCUCUGCGCUCGGCGGCGCUGCCUGGCAGGGUCGGAAGCAGCCGCCGGCCUGUCCGCCGCGGCUCGGCUCGGCUCGGCUCGGGCGGGCUCCCGCGGCGGGGCUGAGGCGGACGGGCGCCGCCAUGGUGUAAAGGGCAGCGGGCAGACGCGAACGGGCAGGAGCCAUGAACCUCCUCCCGGCCAACCCGCACGGCAACGGGCUGCUCUACGCCGGCUUCAACCAGGACCACGGGUGCUUUGCAUGUGGAAUGGAAAAUGGAUUCCGAGUUUAUAAUGCAGAUCCACUCAAAGAAAAAGAGAAACAAGAAUUUCUAGAAGGUGGUGUCGGCCAUGUCGAAAUGUUGUUUCGUUGCAACUAUUUAGCACUAGUAGGUGGAGGAAAAAAGCCGAAGUACCCACCUAACAAAGUAAUGAUCUGGGAUGACCUGAAGAAGAAGACUGUCAUUGAGAUAGAGUUUUCUACAGAAGUCAAAGCAGUUAAGCUGCGAAGAGAUAGAAUUGUGGUAGUCUUGGACUCGAUGAUUAAAGUUUUCACAUUCACACACAAUCCUCACCAGUUGCACGUCUUUGAAACCUGCUACAACCCUAAAGGUCUCUGUGUCCUUUGUCCAAAUAGUAAUAAUUCCCUUCUUGCAUUUCCUGGAACACACACUGGGCACGUGCAGAUAGUGGAUCUUGCCAAUACAGAAAAGCCUCCUGUUGACAUACCGGCUCACGAAGGAGUCUUGAGCUGUAUAGCUUUAAACCUGCAGGGAACAAGAAUUGCAACAGCAUCAGAAAAAGGGACCCUCAUAAGAAUAUUUGAUACUUCAUCAGGGCACUUAAUCCAGGAGCUACGACGAGGAUCACAGGCAGCCAAUAUCUACUGUAUUAACUUCAAUCAGGAUGCUUCCCUCAUCUGUGUAUCCAGCGACCACGGCACAGUACAUAUUUUUGCUGCAGAGGACCCUAAAAGAAAUAAGCAGUCAAGUUUGGCCUCUGCCAGCUUUCUCCCCAAAUACUUCAGUUCCAAAUGGAGUUUUUCCAAAUUUCAGGUUCCCUCAGGCUCUCCAUGCAUUUGUGCCUUUGGAACAGAGCCAAACGCUGUCAUAGCAAUAUGUGCAGAUGGCAGCUACUACAAGUUCUUAUUCAACCAAAAAGGGGAAUGCUCAAGGGAUGUCUAUGCUCAGUUUCUAGAAAUGACGGAUGACAAGCUUUGACUGAGCUGAGGGAGUGCAUGGGUCAAAGUACAGCCUCGGCUAUUCCACAUCUUUGGAAGGACAGUAUAUGAAUGUCCAAUACUGAUCAAGAAGUUUAGCAGACCUCGCUGAGAAGCCUGGCCCAACAUGAUCAGAACAAGCUCUGAAGUAGUGGACUACAUAUGUUUAUUCUUAUUUCUGCAAGUAUUCAUCAUUAAAAUCUCUUUGGGUUACUGUCAUCAACUCAAGUUUUCAAGAUGUGGCUUUCAACAAGCUUGUGCCUAUUGGGUUUCUCUUAAUCUAAACUGUGAAAUGACUUUAGAUUAAACACGAGUGCCUGCCACACAAAGAUCUGCAGGGGGCUGUACAAAUGUACAACUAGCCUUAGAAAAAGGGAUGUGAAAACAGAAGAUUUUAGGCAUUUCUUUACUUUCGCUGAAUGGCUGGGAGUGGGGGAAUACUACACAUCAUGCUCACAUAACACUCCACCAGCCUGGCUAGGAGUAGGAGUGCUGCCUCCCCCCUCCCCUGAGCACACCUUAGAGCAGAAAAGGUGACAAGUACGGAGCCAUAGACGACUGCAGCUUGAGUCACGCUUGUCCUCUGAGCUGGUGUGGGGCUGGGUGGUGGGAGUUGUGGGGUCACAGACUGCUGCUCCUGUACACCUGUGGUGGGGGUGAGUGGUCAGCACAAACUGUCAAAGGUGCCAAACUGUAGGUAGUAGCUGAAGGCACCUUUAGGCACUGGAUGACCCAACUACCCUCCUUGGUGCAUGGAGCAAGCACCCAGGGCACUCAGCUCCUGUAUUUCUAGAGGUGAUUCCUUCUGUAACAGAACAGCCAUUCCAAGUGUAAAAACCACCCUCGGUACUGGUGUGACAGCUGCUUCCAGCACAAUCAACGAAUGAGGUGGCAUGAAGUAUACAUCUCUGCAAUGGCUUUAACUUGCAAACUUUUUUUUUUUUUUAAUUUGAGAUGUUGCAUACUAAAUACUGUUGGCCUAGGGACAGUUAGGUUAGACUAAACAGACUGACUUGUAAACUUUCCCAAAACUGUUACAUGGCAACUAAUAAUUUACUGCUGGACUAAGGCACAAGAUACUAAACUAGAAACUGGAAUAGACACAAGCUCUCUGUUCACAGCAUUAAUUCCUGGGGGAGGGAAGUCUUGCUCUUCUGAAACGUAAUUCCACAGAUGCUUCAAACCUGACAUGCCAGUUCACUCUAAGAUCGUUUAGCUGCAAACUCUAAAUUUGACAAGUUUCUUCUAGUGUCACGUAACAUACUAAGGACUAACUUCUACGCAGGUUUUGAUGUCAAGGUUGCAUGUUGCUUUUAUGUGUAUUUAAUCACAGAAAUUGUUUUGCACACUUAUUUGUAAUAUGUUAUUUCUUUUAAAUAAAAGUGACUAAUUUUGCUGUA